GAGCAGGGCAUUCCCCACCCACUGCCGUGGGCUCUCCUGCCCCGCCUGCCCAGGUUGCUACAUGCCAGGGCAGCAGUGGCCAUGCCCUAUAUAAAAGCUGCGAGGUGCCAGUUGCGUCGUGCCAGGGUGGUUAGCCAGAACUGGUUUGUCAUGGAGGCCGAGGAAGCCGCAGCGGUGGCAGCGAAGGCAACACUGCGGACCCCCAAGUGCUCCCGCUGCCGUAACCAUGGCUUCGUGGUGCCAGUGAAGGGCCAUGCUGGCCACUGCCGCUGGAAGCUCUGUCUGUGCGACAAGUGUGCCCUCAUCACCGAGCGCCAGAAGAUCAUGGCGGCCCAGAAGGCCCUGAGGCAGCAGGUGCCUGACCCCCCGGCUGGGGCAGCCACAGGGCCUGCUCCCCUGGGUGAAGGCCCCGGGGUGGCCACCGGGGCAGCCGGUGCCCCUGAGCAGAGCGGCCAUGAGGGGAUGAAGGGCACCCAUUCUGCCAGCGGCAACAGCAAAGGCAUGGCGUGCAGGGCACCGCCGCUGCCUCCCAGCGGCCCUCCCUUCUGGGACUAUGCUCACCCUGCUUUGCCUCCAGAAUACAUGGUCAACCCAGAAUACCUGGAGAGAGAACCUCCGAAAGUGUACCCUGGGUGUUCUGGGGUAUAUCCUUACCAUCCAUUUCCCAUGGGAUUUGCCAUCAAUCAGUCAAGCUGUAGGGGAGCACCAUCACCUCCAGGGAUAUCACUUCAGAGAGGUUUCCGACACAUUCCUAGCAACUAUGGGCGAGGGAAUGCAGCUUCUGUGUCAAUUCCAGAUGGAGGUGGCGAUUUCCAUCAAGGAUACUACACUCCUCUGCCUCAGUUCAUUGCACCAAGUUUUCUGCCAGGGAUUCGUUACAUUCCACCUCCCCUUUCACUGAACAUGUUGGCUGAAACAACCAAGGAAGCACAUGCUCCUGAAGGUGACAGUCAGGAUUCAGGGAUGGCUCAUGAACCUGGCCAACCAUCUUCUUCCCCAGAAGAAACAAACAGAGACCAGUCUGUAUAUUCUAAACAGUAA